ACAUCCACAGUCGUUCCUCGGCCGAGCAACCGUCUGCAUCGCGCGCACUCUCGAAGCGAUUGGGAUCCGAUUGCCCAUCCAACCCCCGAGGAGCUAGUACACACCGGGCAGAGCAGAGGCGCCAGCAAGUCGCCACAAGUCCGCAUCCCCGAAGGAUUCGCACAAACAUUCCAAGGAAGCCAUGUCAGCGGUGCCGAUGAGAGCCUUUCUGGCUGGUGUCUUUUUGCUGGCCAAUGCCUGGCACAUCACAGCUGUGAACGAGCAGCACCAGAAGCAUCAUCUGCAGUGCUGGCACUGCAGCUCGGACACCAUUGGGGCGGAGGACUUCUGCGACGUGACCUUCCAGGAGGAUAACAUUCCCACGGAGCUCAUCAAGGAGCGCAACAUCAACCUGCUGCGGAGCUGCAACAGCACCAUUAACUCCGACCACGAACGGGCGGUUUGCCGCAAGACCGUGGAGGAAAAUAAUGGCAAGCUGAUCACCAAGCGGUUCUGCUACUACACCAACAAGUCGGAUCCCGUGGAGCUGUGCAACAUCACCAGUCCCGAGAAGAACGUGCGGCGCAUAUUCUGCGAGGACUGCCUCACCGACCGCUGCAACGGAGCCUUCGCAGGAGGCUCCAUCCUGGAGCUGCUGCUGCUGCUGCCCACCGUGGCCCUGCUCCAGCAGUUGGCCAUCUAAGCGGGAGUUGCCAGUCGUUUUUCAGUUGGAACGUGAUAUUUUGCUCGAACUUACUUGUUUCGGGGUCACUGGCCCCUCCACUCAGCAGCUUACAUUCGAUGGAUUCAGAUGCUUGAGGUGCCAUAGGUUCAUAGUUUGCCUGGCCGAGUGCCGAUGUUUGCCCAGCUCAAAGCUCAGACUCCAAGCGAAAUCCAGUUCACACGUUUACCAAGCAACACAACUAUAAGUAAAUGAGACAGUAAUCAGUAGAGAUUAAGCCCCAAGCACAUAAAUACUCACUUAUUAGCCUAUGACGACAUGAUGUUUUAUGUAAAGAACUCAAGCAUUCACCUAUGUAAUUAUCUCAGAAGCAGACAACCAACACGCACUUAAAAUCAAGGUAUUAAAGCACCCGAAUAUACAAAACCGAAUAGCACAUA